CGAUUGCUCCUAAAAGUUAUUGUUUUAAUUGCAAUUUUCUUUGCUGCCACAGUCGUCGUUGCACUUACCGUAACGGUGCAUGUUUUUUUUUUCAAACGUACAACAUGUACACCUAAUACACACCAAUUGUGUCGCUUGUGUGCGCGUGUGCGUGGCGCUCUCCGUUUUAAUUGUGCCGUUCCAUCGAUUAAUUUGUUUGUUUAACCGCUCGGCUCAUCAUUUUUUUCGGGAGGAAAGAAAAAAUUUUCUUUUCCUCGUGUACGUCAUGUACGGUUUAAUACUACGUGCGGUUAACGCGCGGGGUGUGCGUUUGUGUGUAUACACGACGCCCCCGCAUACAUAGAGGUGCUGUAUACCUACAAAGAAGUGUAUUAAGCAGCAGCGGCGGCGGCAGUAAAGAACAUCAGGAUCUCUUGCACUCUCUUGAGAGACAACGCUCCGCUGUUAUACUCGUAUUCUUUUUCUUCUUCACCUACUGGCUGUAUAAGUAUAUAUACAUCGUAAUAUUAUACACGUACCCGCAACUCUGUUGCACUCCACACGCACAUCAUACUGUGUACCUACGUAUCCUGUAUUAGAAGCUCAUACGUGUGUAUACGAGGCCCCUGCAGGGAGCCAAGUGAAUUUCCUCCGACCGAUAAUGCCAGAAUGUCGAGCUUCAACAGAAACACCGCCAGCCAGAGAGCGACGCCGGUGAUUGAUUAUGACCGGCAGUUCCAGGAGGACCUCGAGCGCGCCCAGGCCCUCAGCCUCGAGAGCCUGGCCCUCGAAAAGUUCCGGCUGCAGAAGCAACAGACCCAGGGCUCCUCGCGCCCACCGUCCACCACCUGCAACAACAGCUCGAGCCAAAACAACGCGGAACCCGAUGGCUGCACCAACGAUAAUAAGUUCCAACUCAAGAGCCGGCCGAGGCCAGGGAGCAACACGAGCAACCAGUCGAGGAACGGUAUGAUCGUGCAAAUCCAGCCGCCCCCGGUGCCGAGUCGGAGAAACUCGACGACCAAUCAGAGCCAGACUGCCGAUCUCAUCAACUUCACGAGCCCCGUCAAACAGGACAGCCUCGCUCAGUACUGCUGCGAGCCACCUCCUCCGUUGCCCUCAAAGCAAGCCGCGGUGGUGGUGGUCGAGCCGAAAUGGGAGGGCCAUACGGCGCUGCUCAGGAAAAAUUCUCGGGUCUCGAGGAGCAAUAGUUCCGCUGGUGCCUAUCAGACGACGGAUUUUAGGUACAACUCGGUGGUGCAGGUCAAGUGCACCACGGCGCCCUGCACACCAGGAACACCCGGCAUCAGUCCGGUUCUAGCGAGGGCUGGAAGCGUCAGCAACAACAUUCCCGACAUCGUGCCGCAGCCCACCUGGAAUCCACAUACAUUUAGAACUUGUACUCUUCAGAUCCCACCUCUGCCAGCGAACUAUCGGCCAGCGCCUCCUCCCGUUCCAACGGCCAACAAUCACCACCCACAGCUGGCAGGUUACCCAACGGAGGACGGCCAGCUGAAUGUUCCAAAGGUGGCCGUGAAGAAACUAAACAGCAACCUCAUAGACCUGAGCGUGUUCGAGCUCGCCGAGGACAAGACGAACGUCCGUGUGAGUGUCCUCGAGGCGUUCGACCCGCUGCUCAUCAAGACUGAAGAAGAACCUUCUUGCAGGGACACCGUCAUUUCCAAGGCUUCUGUUAACGAUGAUACAGAGUCACAGAUGGAAGGAUCGGUAUACGACCCCUUCGACCCGUUCGAUUAUAUGUACAGUACGAGCGAGACCGUCAACUCGGACCCGGUGUACGCGGCCGUCGAAAAGACCUCCAAGUCACCGAUAGUCUCGCCCGCGGCACCACCGCCCCUUCCACCUCGCAACUCCUCGGCUUGGAACACCAUCGAGAGGAGGAGAACGUCCCUGGACCGCAGACAAAAGCGACGGACCCGGUUGUACGAGAACGUGACGAUCGUCAAAGCCAGGGCCUCGCUGCACGACUGCGAUCUACUGGCCUUCCACAAGAUGAUCCUAUCAAUCAGAGGGGACUUUCCGUUCAACGAUCCCAACACCAACAUCGGCCACGUCGUCAGUCCGAUGAUGGAGAGCUCGUAUCCGGAAAACACGAGCAUCAAGCUGAUUGUGCACUCGAAAAUGCUGACCGAGGCGAAAGACACCGCGCCGUCCAUAUCUUUUACGUGCGACGUCAACUGCAGCGUGGAGCACGUCAUUCUGAACGUGGCCUGUUCGAUGGAGGACGAGGGCACGGUCAACGUCGACAAGUACUGUCUCAGGGUGUGGGGUUUGGCCGAGUACUUUGCCCCAAGCACGAGCCUCGCCCAGUACGAGUACGUCCACCAGUGCAUCAAGCUGGAAAAGGACAUUGAGCUCGCCAUCGAGACCCGAGCGCAAAUGAAGAGGUCGAUCGCUAGAACGCUUCAAGAUGACAAUCAGGAUCAGUACCUCAAGCUGGAAAACAUCCUGCCGAACGAGCCGUUGCAGCCGAUAUCCUACGACACCCUCCUCAUCCUUCUAGAAACCGUGGAGAAGGAGAUGGAGAGAGUCGAGUCGACGGCGGCCCAAUUGGCGACGUCGAGCCACGGCUCUGGCCUCCUGCCCCAGUUGCAGCCCAAGGGCGUAGUGCAGGCGGUCAAGGCCGUCUGCGCGCUGAUGGGCAACAUCGAGACGUACGAGAUCACCGAGGCGGUCGACAACUUUGUCAACGCGUGCUGCAAGUUCCUGCCUCAGAUACACACGGCGAACAUUGAGUGCAAAAAACCCGAGAUACUCCACGAGGACGGCGAUUACGCGGUCGUGACUCUGAGGACCAAGUUCCCGGACGUCAUAUCCUCGCACUGCAACAAGAUCAGGGACGCGGUGCAGGACCUCGUGGAGACGUAUUGCCACGCAUUUAGGGUCGAUUUUCAGCUCAACAGCCGGGGCGAGUAUCCGACGAAUACUCUGAUCUCUUCGCAAGUGCUGGAUACGGUUUUAGUGAGGGUAGGGGCGCUGCACAGGUUGCCGAGCUCGUGCAAGCACGACGAUUACAUUGUCGCAGCGCAGAUAUUCCACGGUACCAGACCCGUUGGUAAUCCCGUCCUCUCCGAGCCCAUGACGGCUGGCCAUUCGAACUUUUACCCGAAAAUCUUGUUCAAUUCCUGGUUGGAGUUCCGAGGAUUAAGCGUUUGUCAGGUUCCGAGGGAAGCCCGACUGGUGCUCGUUAUCUACGGACGAACCCAGCAGCCCGUCGAUCACGAAUCCAACUCGAACCAGAGUACCAUGGAGAAGGUAGAGAUAGGCUGGGGUUCUCUGCAAUUUUUCGACUACGAUGGAGUCAUGAGCCAAGGGAGCUUCUUCCUGUCUCUGUGGCCAGCGGCGGCCGACAAGAGACUGGGUCCAGCGCCGGCGCCAGGAAUACACCCCCACGGUGAUACCCAUCCGAUUAUUGGAAUAGAGCUUCCGGAUUACGGGGGCAAGGUGCUCUUUCCCACGGAACUUCGUGACCACAACAUCGAUUCGCUCGAUUUUAAUUCGCUCGACAGAAACACGCAGGAAUUGCUCGCGUACAUCACGGAACAGGACACUUUCUCGAGACCACCUAUUGAAGAGCGAGAAAUUUUGUGGGAAAAGAGGCACUAUCUGCACGAAAAGUCAGAAGCUCUGCCCAAGGUGUUGUUGGCCGCUCACAGCUGGGAUUGGGCUUGCCUGCCCGACUUGCACGCGUCGCUGCGAGUUUGGAGUCCCCUGCCGCCGGUUCAAGCUCUCCAGUUACUCUUGCCGUGCUUCCCAGAUAUGAAAGUUAGAGAACUGGCAGUAAGUCGAAUACGGGAACUGAGCAACGACGAGCUGGUCGAUUACCUGCCUCAGCUACUCCAGGCGUUGAAGCACGAGACUUACGAGGCCUCGCCCCUCGCGAGGUUCCUACUGGAAAGGGCACUCACGUCCCCGCGCGUCGCCCAUCACGUCUACUGGCUGUUGAACCAAGCUCUGCCUGGCCAGAGUCCCCAAAAUUCGUCGGAAACUUCCAUGCAAGACGACAAGAGUUUGAGUUUUGCGCGCUACCACAGGAGAUUACAGCUCAUGCUCCGCGCCCUCCUGGGUGUCAUAGGCGAGGCCCUGCGAAACAGCUUCCUCGCCCAACAGUUCCUCGUUAAGAAUUUGCACGAAGUGGCGGAAAGCAUAAAGACAACCAAAGAAUCCCUGAGGAUGGACGUGCUGAAGACGGGCCUGCAAGGUAUCGACACACAACUAACCGAGGACGAAGGCACGUGCCUGCCGCUGUCGCUGAGCCGGCAAGUCACUGGCAUCAACGUCCAGUCCUGUUCCUACUUUCCCUCCUUCACGUUACCCCUUAAGAUAAACUUUGUCGGCUGCGACAGCACCAUCAGCCCAGCCAUUUUCAAGGUUGGAGACGAUCUGCAGCAGGACAUGCUGACGAUCCAGAUGGUGCGCAUAAUGGACAAAUUGUGGCUGAAGGAAGGCCUGGACCUGAAAAUGGUGACCUUUGGCUGCGUACCCACGGGAAUAAAGCGAGGAAUGAUCGAGAUGGUGACAAACGCCGAGACUCUGCGAAAAAUCCAGGUGGAGUUUGGACUGACCGGGUCGUUCAAGGACCGGCCGAUAGCCGAAUGGCUGGCCAAGCACAACCCGUCCGAGCUCGAGUACGAGCGGGCCGUCGAGAAUUUCACCGCCUCGUGCGCCGGCUACAGCGUCGUCACCUACAUACUCGGCAUAUGUGACAGGCACAACGACAACAUCAUGCUCAAGACCUCCGGGCACCUCUUUCACAUAGAUUUUGGCAAGUUUCUCGGCGACGCGCAGAUGUUUGGCAAUUUCAAGAGGGAUCGAACGCCCUUUGUACUGACCUCCGACAUGGCGUACGUGAUUAACGGCGGGGACAAGCCAUCCGCGAAAUUCCACCACUUUGUCGAGCUGUGCUGUCAAGCGUUCAACAUCGUGAGAAAGCACGGCAACUUGAUUCUCCAUCUUUUCGGUCUGAUGACAUCCUCGGGCAUACCAGGCGUGACGAUGGACGCGGUGAGCUACGUGCAACGAGCCCUGCUACCCGGCCAGUCCAACCCUGAGGCGGCGGCUACCUUUGCCCGGAUGAUCGAGAGCUCGCUCAAGAGCUGGUUCACCCAGUUCAACUUUUUCCUCCACAACCUGGCCCAGCUGAGGUUCAGCGGCGACCACAGCGAGGGCGAGCUCCUGUCCUUUGUGCCGCGCUCGUACACAAUGCAGCAGGAGGGCCAGUUGACUAGCGUCCAGGUCUACGGCUACCAGAAGCGCUACGACCCGGAAAAGUAUUACAUGUACAUACUGAAGAUACAGAGGAAGGGCCAGACCGAUCCUACCUACCUGUUUCGCUCGUACAAGGAGUUCUGCGAGUUCUACCAGAAGCUCUGCAUACACUUUCCCCUCGCCAAGGUCUCCAGUUUGUCGAGCGGGAUGAGCGUCGGGAGGUCGAACAUCAAACAGGUGGCGAACAAGAGGCGCGCGGACAUCGAGAAGUUCCUCGUGAGCUUGUUCAACAUGGCCCCGGAGAUAUCGCAGAGCGACCUCGUCUACACGUUCUUCCAUCCUCUACUGCGGGACCAGCAAAACGCGGACAUCCACCUGCGCAAGGUCAAAGUCGGAAACUGGUGGGUGGAGCAAAAGAUAUGCGAGAACAUGCAGAACGGCCAGAUAAAGUUGUCGCUGCACUACACGCGCGGCACGCUGUCGGUCAUGGUUUACCACGCCCGUGGAUUGCCAAAGGUGGCCAAGGGCGAGGAGCCCAACACUUACGUCAAGGUCUACCUUAAGCCCGACCCGACCAAGGUGACCAAGCGCAAGACGAAGGUCGUUAAGAAAAACGGCAAUCCGUCCUUCAUGGAGAUGCUCGAGUACCGAAUGCCGCUGGAAGUGAUACAGGACCGAACUCUGGAGGCGACGAUAUGGAACCACGACACGCUUCAGGAGAACGAGUUUCUCGGGGGUAUCCGUUUGCCGCUCAAUCAGAUAGAUCUGACCAAUGAAAUAGUCGAGUGGUUUCCGCUGGGCGGCAUACGAUGAACUGACUUUUGUUUUUCAACCUCAUGAUUCUUCUUCUCCUCUUUACAUAUAUAUAUUGUGCGUGUUUUUUUUCUUUU